AUGUGCAGACAUUGCAAUGUUGUCCGCUUUUUGGAGAAGAGGUUCAGUGAUGCAAAAGACGGUCAGAAAGUCAUUCGGCUUCCUGGCGCUCCCCUCGAUCUGCCUAAAAUCAGACGAAAUCCUCUCAUUGAGAUACUGGCAAUCAGUACCGGAUGCCUAAAUGCCUGUACAUAUUGCAAAACCAAGCACGCUCGAGGAGCACUAACCAGCUAUUCAAUUGGCCAACUGGUGGAGCGAGCCCAAUCGGCUUUUGCUGGUCGGUUAGUGUUUUUUGUUGCUCCUAACGGCGUCAAAGAAAUAUGGUUGACUUCCGAGGAUUUGGGUGCCUACGGUCGUGACCUUCCUCGAAUUCAGUCUUCUCAACCCGGCUUCAAAACUCAUUCUUGCUCAUUUUCCGAAUCUAGCCCUUUGUCUGUCCCAUUAUGUCCUCUCUUGGCUUCACGCUGGCCGCGCCACCUCACCCUUGCCGAUUUGCUUGCCCAAUUAGUGCGUGUUAUACCGGCUGGCUGCAUGCUUCGUCUUGGAAUGACCAAUCCACCGUACAUCCUCGACCAGCUUACUGAGAUCGCAGAGGUCCUCAGGCAUCCACGGGUCUACUCCUUUUUGCAUGUGCCCGUUCAGUCAGGUAAAUACGUGUGA